AUGACGGGGCCGGAAAGUAGUAGAUCAUCGGAGGGUUCGAAACCGCACAUCGUGGUGUUUCCGUUCCCAGCACAAGGCCACUUGCUGCCUCUUCUUGACUUAACUCACCAACUCUGCCUCCGUGGCGUCAACGUCUCCGUCGUCGUCACUCCCGGCAACUUAACAUACCUCUCUCCUCUUCUCGCCGCCCAUCCCACUUCCAUCACUUCCGUCGUUUUCCCUUUCCCUCCCCAUCCUUCACUCCCUUCCGGCGUCGAGAACGUCAAAGACGUUGGAAAUUCCGGAAAUCUCCCAAUCAUGGCCUCUCUUCGUCAGCUUCGAGGUCCAAUCGUCCUCUGGUUCCGAUCUCACCCGAAUCCUCCGGUCGCUCUCAUCUCCGAUUUCUUCCUCGGAUGGACUCACGAUCUCUGCGAUCAGAUCGGUAUUCCUCGCUUCGCUUUCUUCUCCAUCAGCGCCUUCUUAGUUUCCGUCAUCCAAUUUUGCUGCGAAAACAUCGAUCAGAUCAAGUCGACUGAUCCGAUCCAUCUCCUGGAUCUUCCUCGUUCUCCGAUCUUCAAGGAAGAGCAUCUUCCGUCAGUGGUCCGACGAUGCCUUCAAGCUCCGUCGCCGGACCUCGAAACAAUCAAAGAUUUCUCCAUGAAUUGUUUGAGCUACGGAACUGUUUUCAAUUCGUCACAGUGUCUAGAAAAUGAGUAUUUGGAGUACGUGAAACAGAGAAUGGGUCAUGAUCGGUUUUUCGUAAUCGGCCCGCUUUGUUCAAUCGGGUCGGGUCUGAAAUCUCAGUCGGGUUCCAUAGACCCGAAUCUGCUUAGUUGGCUCGACGGAUCCCCAGACGGGUCAGUCCUCUACGUUUGUUUCGGAAGUCAAAAGGCGUUGACCAAAGAACAGUGCGACGCUCUGGCUCUAGGCCUCGAGAAAAGCAUGACCCGGUUCGUUUGGGUGGUCAAGAAAGAUCCGAUACCCGACGGUUUCGAGGAUCGGGUUUCUGGACGGGGGAUUGUGAUCAGAGGGUGGGUCCCACAGCUGAUGGUUUUGCGGCACGUGGCAGUCGGUGGAUUUUUAAGCCACUGUGGAUGGAACUCAGUGCUGGAAGGUAUAACGAGUGGGGCCGUGAUACUGGGCUGGCCCAUGGAAGCGGACCAGUUUGUGAACGCGAAGUUACUUGUGGAGCAUUUGGGUGCGUCCGUUAGGGUGUGCGAAGGGGCUGAAACUGUACCCGACCCGGAUGAGUUGGGUCGGCUUAUAGCUGAGACGAUGGGUGAGAGCAGAUCUCAGGUGGCUGCUCGAGCGGAGGAGAUACGGCGGAAAACUGGAGCCAUGACGGAGGCAAAUGGGAGCUCUAUUGCUAAUUUACAAAGACUUGUCGAAGAAUUUGGAAGACUCUCUUAA